GGCAAGCUUGCGUGCCCCAGCGACACAGGCCUCGAGGCUGUCUCUGACAAGUGUUCAGAGGAGGUGGGGACGCCUCUGCGCGAGGAACGAGGAGCUACGGGCCUGGGCCCGGUUAUUGCCAUGGGCAGCGGCUGCCGCAUCGAAUGCAUAUUCUUCAGCGAGUUCCACCCCACGCUGGGACCCAAGAUCACCUAUCAGGUCCCUGAAGACUUCAUCUCCCGAGAGCUGUUUGACACAGUCCAAGUGUACAUCAUCACCAAGCCAGAGCUGCAGAACAAGCUUAUCACUGUCACAGCUAUGGAAAAGAAGCUGAUCGGCUGUCCUGUGUGCAUCGAACACAAGAAGUACAGCCGCAAUGCUCUCCUCUUCAACCUGGGCUUCGUGUGUGAUGCCCAGGCCAAGACCUGCGCCCUCGAGCCCAUCGUUAAAAAGCUGGCUGGCUAUCUGACCACACUAGAGCUAGAGAGCAGCUUCGUGUCCAUGGAGGAGAGCAAGCAGAAGUUGGUGCCCAUCAUGACCAUCUUGCUGGAGGAGCUAAAUGCCUCAGGCCGGUGCACUCUGCCCAUUGAUGAGUCCAACACCAUCCACUUGAAGGUGAUUGAGCAGCGGCCAGACCCUCCGGUGGCCCAGGAGUAUGAUGUACCUGUCUUUACCAAAGACAAGGAGGAUUUCUUCAACUCACAGUGGGACCUCACUACACAACAAAUCCUGCCCUACAUUGAUGGGUUCCGCCACAUCCAGAAGAUUUCAGCAGAGGCAGAUGUGGAGCUCAACCUGGUGCGCAUUGCUAUCCAGAACCUGCUGUACUACGGCGUUGUGACACUGGUGUCCAUCCUCCAGUACUCCAAUGUAUACUGCCCAACGCCCAAGGUCCAGGACCUGGUAGAUGACAAGUCCCUGCAGGAGGCAUGUCUAUCCUACGUGACCAAGCAAGGGCACAAGAGGGCCAGUCUCCGGGAUGUGUUCCAGCUAUACUGCAGCCUGAGCCCUGGCACUACCGUGCGAGACCUCAUUGGCCGCCACCCCCAGCAGCUGCAGCAUGUUGAUGAACGGAAGCUGAUCCAGUUCGGGCUUAUGAAGAACCUCAUCAGGCGACUACAGAAGUAUCCUGUGCGGGUGACUCGGGAAGAGCAGAGCCACCCUGCCCGGCUUUAUACAGGCUGCCACAGCUAUGACGAGAUCUGCUGCAAGACAGGCAUGAGCUACCAUGAGCUGGAUGAGCGGCUUGAAAAUGACCCCAACAUCAUCAUCUGCUGGAAGUGAGGCUGGUAGUGGCUGGAUGGACACAUUGCUGUGGGUAGUCCCUCCUACUAGGAGGCUUGUCAUACUGUCUAGAAGUUGACUCUUAGUUCUGUAAAUAAAGAAAUCCAUUUCAAACAGCC